AUGGAGGGAAAGGAGCAAGAUGUUUCACUGGGAGCAAACAAAUUCUCGGAGAGGCAACCCAUUGGGAUUGCGGCUCAGAGCCAAGACGAUGGAAAGGACUACAAAGAGCCUCCCCCGGCUCCACUAUUCGAACCCUCCGAACUCACUUCUUGGUCCUUCUACAGAGCCGGAAUAGCUGAGUUUGUAGCUACCUUUCUUUUCCUCUACAUAACCAUCUUAACCGUCAUGGGAGUCAAUAGGUCUGAUUCCAAGUGCUCAACCGUUGGCAUUCAAGGCAUUGCUUGGUCCUUCGGCGGUAUGAUCUUCGCUCUCGUUUACUGCACCGCCGGAAUCUCAGGGGGACACAUAAACCCGGCUGUCACAUUCGGACUCUUCUUGGCCAGGAAAUUGUCCUUGACUAGGGCAAUCUUCUACAUGGUGAUGCAAGUUCUGGGUGCUAUAGUUGGUGCUGGUGUGGUCAAAGGUUUCGAGGGAAAAACCUUCUUCGGCCAACACAACGGUGGUGCCAACUUCGUCGCCCCUGGUUACACUAAAGGUGAUGGACUCGGUGCUGAGAUUGUUGGCACCUUCAUUCUUGUCUACACAGUUUUCUCAGCCACUGAUGCCAAGCGUAGUGCUAGAGACUCUCACGUUCCUAUUUUGGCACCCUUGCCAAUUGGGUUCGCUGUGUUCUUGGUGCACUUGGCCACCAUCCCAAUCACUGGCACCGGUAUCAACCCUGCUCGAAGUCUCGGUGCUGCCAUCAUCUUCAACAAAGACCUUGGUUGGGAUGAUCACUGGAUUUUCUGGGUUGGACCUUUCGUUGGAGCAGCUCUUGCCGCUCUUUACCACCAAGUCGUAAUCAGAGCCAUUCCCUUCAAAUCCAACUAA